UACUACACGCUGCGUGCUAACAAGCGUCGGUUCAGUGUUCAAUCUUCAGUUGUCGGUUGGCGUUUGGGGAGCGUGGUGCGCCGAGCCCUCCAUACAACGCUAUGCUUCUGUUCCACUCGUCGUGUGCCGGGAAGUCUUUGUCGGCGAUUUUCCGCAAUGUCGUCGUGUCGCGAUGGUGUUGUGGGAGUAAUUAUGUGUGAAAAUGGGUUGAGGUUGUUCAUCAAAGGCGAGUGGAGUAUCUUCACGUUGGAUAUGAGCAUUUUUCUGAUCCUCCUGAGCUGAAUGUAUUUACAGCAGACUAGUACUAUUGGGCUUGGUUAUUCCUUCAACUAGCAAAGCUGUGAUAAACUUCAACGAUUGCACAGUGCAAAAGUCGGUCAAAAAGAGGGAGAAGUGAAGGAAGGAAUUCCUCUGGGUCCAUGGCCGAGCUGUUAAACAGGUAUCCAGGAUUUAAAAGAACAUCGCUAGGUAUUAAUAUGGUGUUAAUGUAAGUACACGCAAGUAUGGUCACAAGAUACAUGAUUCACUCCAGCUACUGUAUUAAAAACAAUUAUUACUUUUUUGUGAAGAAAUGUUACGCGAGACAUGUGGUUAAUCAUUUUCGGAGAGUCUUGGAAAACACAUGGCUGACGUAAAAUUGUCCAGUGUUUCUGAGGGAUGAGAUAUGUGAAAAGUUCAGGUUUCAUAACUGUGUCCGUGGAUGAUAAGUAACUAAAUAAGAAGGUUGUAGUAGUAGUAGUAGUACUGGUAAUACUUACGAAUAUUUGGUAUUCACUAUUUCUAUUUUACUAUCAACAGCUGGAUAAAACACCUUUAUUUAUUGAGAAAAUAUAUUUACAAGUAAAAUGGUUCUUAUUCUUAGGUAUUUCAUAGGUAUGUUGUCUAUGAUUAUUUAUGCUUUAAAAUCGUAGCGCUAGUUUUAUUCUUAGUUUGUUUCAGCUUUUAGGAGAGAGUGAGAACGUCCCGUAUUUCAGGAAGUGUGAUGGACUAUGAUAAAUAUUGAUGAUAAUGAUGUAGUCAUUAUACUUUUAAUUUUAACUCACAUUUGGUAUUUACUUUUUUUUAGAUGCAUAUUUUACGAACAUAUCUAUUUUUAGCUAAGAUGUGAUUGCACAUUUCUUAUUUUUACGUAUUUUACAGAAUUGCUGUCCUAAAACUUUCAGGUUUUCUUUCAGAAUCAUAGCCCAAAUAUUUUUAUCGAGCUUCGGAGGGGGAAACUCCAACUUUCAGGAAUGGUACAAGUUAUAGACACUCCCGAGGGUGAUAAUGGCAGCUGUCCCAAAAAAUGUUCUGCCUGGAAAACUGGAUGAAAGUUUCAUGGGCAUACACGAGUAGAGUGAAGAGGAACAAUAAAAGCAUGUUAAGAAUGAUUAAAGCCCCCGAUUUAUACAGCAAUAUAUGUAGACAGCAAUCAAACAAACAUAAAAAAUUUUACAGGAUAAAAGUUGCUUACAAUAGUAGUAUGGUCCACUGUCAAUAUAUGGAUGAAGUUUUAUGAAAUAUUUGCAGCCUGAUUCCAAGCAAAAGCUUCUAAAAACGUUCACGAUUUCCAUACGUUUGAAUAAAUUCAGAGACAUAUUUGUGAAACUAACAUAAUGACGCCAAAAGUUAUAUUUCUUCACGCCCUUGAAGAUGAUUGCAAGCUGAUACAUGCAAUUGAAUUGAUAAUUGAAAUUAUGAAGAGGUUAAUUGUGGCAUGCUGGCGAUUUUCGAUUGUGCAAAUGAACCCAGAAUUAUGGAACGACUUGAUAUUUCUUCACCUGAUACAAUUGAUCUUAGCAGUGACGGUUGAGGUUUUCUAGGGGUUUUCCUCGCCCGAGUGCGAAUGCAGUCACUAAAAAACACGUCCCCCUAAUGAAUAGUAGAUAAAAUGAAAAUUGUACUUAUCCUAUUAAUGAUCAUGUAAUUUUAGAUCAAAAAGUCAUUAAAUAUAUUUAUAACUAUAAUAA